AUGAUAUUAUUUAUUAACUUUCCGAAUGUAGAGACUGUCACCACAUCAUCACCGGUCACCGUCACCAUGACAACAGAAAUGAAGGUUGAGGUAAUUGCGAGAGAAACCAUAAUGCCAUCUUCUCCAACUCCCACUCACCUCCAAAGCUUUAAGCUCUCUUUGUAUUUUCCUAACAAAUUCAUACUUUUUUAUGCUGCUGAGGCCAAGGUUGAUCCUGCUUUAUCAAAGUACAAGUCUGAAUCUGAAUCAGAAUCUGAAUACGAUAGUACUAGUGAUGAAAGAUCGCAACGCUUGAAGAAAUCUUUGUCACUAGUCCUAACUCGAUUCUACCCACUUGCCGGAAGAAUCAAAGAUCAUUUAACAGUCGACUGCAACGAUGCGGGUGCCGAAUACGUAGAAGCUCGAGCCAACUGUACCUUAUCAGAUCUUCUUCAACAAUCCGAUCCCAAAACGCUGAGCCAUUUCUGUGCUGUCCCACAGCUUCCAUCAUCUACUACUAAUAGUACACCUUUCUUAGUUGUCCACGCCACGUUCCUCAAGUGUGGUGGAAUGGCACUAGGGAUAUCCAUCUUCCACAAGAUCACUGACGCUGCCACAUUCAGCUCAUUCAUCAAGGCUUGGGCUGAUACCGCCCUCCUCGGACCCCCGGUGUUGGUCCCUGAUUUCACAGCAGUAAGCUUUCACUUUCCACCCAUGACCACUGAGGAAGAAAUCUCAACGAAGCCCAUCAACUUCAACAAGCUGAGAUUCGAUGGUAUUCCAAGAAGGUAUGUGUUUGUGUCCUCCAAGAUUUCAUCCCUCAAGACCAAAGCAACCAGCGCUAGUGUCUCAAACCCAACUCGUGUCGAGGCCGUCUCUUCUCUCAUUUGGAAAUGCAUGAUGGCCACCUCCUGUUUAAAAUCAAGCCCUCCUCCAUCCCCAUCAGCGUUUGCACUAAAUUGGGCUAUCAACAUUCGUGCUAGGAUCGACCCACCAUUACCAGAACAUUCUUUUGGAAACAUGUCAGUGGUACUGAGGAUAGGUCAUAAGGAACAACCCAACACAAUGCAUUAA